CCCUGGAAGGUGAUAUGAUAAACAGCGUGGAGACAGCCGGCUUGAUUGCUGUCAUUCCACAAGGAAACAAAAGCUUUUUAGCAGAAAUACCGAAGAUUACAACAAAGUUAGAUAAGGGUAACAUGAGGGCGGAAACGGAGCGGGCGCCAAUUGGCGACAGCACCACAAUCGAGAGACGACCUAGUAUUGCUGUGCUGCAAAACAUGCUGAAGAAAGCUUCCCAAUCCCCACUCCACAAUCAGUACCAGACUCCUAUUUCGUCUGCCUCCGACUCCAGCUUUUCUCUUGUGGAUGAGUGGAGACGUAAACAAGAUGGCCUCGCUGACAGUGACCUGACACAGAGUGCCUUCAAGACGGAGAACAAUCAGCCGCUGCCUGCCUCAGCCCAGGAUGUGGCCAGCAGUAACCCUUUUUAUUCGUAUUAUUUGGAAUCCGGGAACAAGUACAACGGUGACAAGGAUAUUGACUUGAAACCCUCCCAGGAGACCCACAUGGAUGGCGUCUCUGUGCCUCAAAAUGGAGCCACAGUGUCUGACUCGCAGAAGGACUUCAUUCAGGAUUUCAGCCAAAACAACAGACAGGACAACUUCUCGACAUCGCAAAGUGCGUCUUCAAGAGGCCAUUAUAAUGGCAUCAACCGCAACUCAGUUGAUACCUACAAAGAGAAUCCUCCUGGGAACGUCUACAAGGACUCGCAGUCGUACAUGGAGAAUCUUUUCCAAAAUUCCAAGGAGGAUGGGAAGGUCUUUGAUACGUCUCCCAGUCUCUUAGCGGAUCCAUUCCAGCCUUCUGUCAUAACGGAAGAGGAUCUCUUCACCACCUCAAAAGCUCCACUGGGGAACCAGUUUUAUUCUGCCUCCACCAAGUUUCAAACAAACGGGAGAGGAUUCUCUUAUUCUGGAUUAUCUGGCUCGGAUCUGGAUGUAUUCUCCCCUUCCUCCACUGCAGAGCCAUUCCCCAGCCCGAUAGUGAAGGAUUUAUUUGGAGAUGGCGGUCGUGCCAGUGACUCAUUUGGUGCAAAGACGCCCGAUAGCAAGGACAUUUUUGGAUCGGCCCAGCUGGUCCAAUCAGAGCAUUCUAAUGCACCAAAUGACAUUGUACUCACUACUCCCCAGGGAAGUAAACAUGGAAUCCUCCAGCCGACCCCUUUUAGUCAGGCCCGGAAACUAAUGGUUUCACCGGACUCUUCCCCGACCGAGUUAGAGUUUGGGACACUCUCCAGACGCCCACCAAAGCCACUUCCUCGUUCCAGACCUCCCAGACCGGAAAAGCCCCCCAAGCCAGCUAAGCCCGUGGAACCAGAUCCAGCUGGGCCGCCGAAACCUCCUCCGAAACCGUUUAAACCGCUACCCAUACCUCCGUUUCGCCUCAGAACCAAAGCCGAGGACAAUAUAGAAGUCAAGCCAGAGGACUAUGUUGUCUUUGAGGACAUUCUGCUGAUUGGACAGGAGCGGUGUGUAGAAGACUGGCCAGAAGACAGUCCUCAACUCCACCCCGACUUUAAACCAGCAGGGAAGCUUCGACUCCGUCGUGAAUCUCUGAGAGUGAAGAUGGAUUCUGAGGAAGGAGGGGAAAGCGGAGAAGAUCAGGAUGAUGCUGGAAGUCACGGCAAGCUAAGGUUUGAACAUGUGCUACAGAAAAAGGAGAGGAAGUUCUCCCUGAUGUCCAGGAGAGGCUCAAAGGACGAUUUCUAUGAUUCACCAUCAGAAAGGAAAGAUGGAGAGCAAAAGAAACCUCUGAAGAAGAAAGUCAACCAGCUGCUGAGGCGUGCAUCCACCAGCCUCCUCCACAGACACCCAGCUACUGACAGCAAGGACAACAACUUAAUGAAGAAAAGGAUGGCAAUGAAUGAGUCCACCACCAGAUGGCGCUCUCAGGAGGCCAUGUUGGACAACAGCAUGAAUGAGGAAGAAGAAGUGGGACAAGAGGAGGCUGACGGCUACACUAGUAAUGGCAAAAAGAAUCUAAAAAUAAAGCAACCCAAGGGGGCGUAUGGAUUCAGCAGUCACGCAGACUCAAAGGAGAAUAUGUUUGAAGAUGUGGACCAGUUAAAAAGUCUCCAUUCCACCAGACAGGGUCGCCUCAUGGAUAUGAACGGUGCCACCUCUGCUAGCAUGCCUGCUGGAUUAAAUGACGAAUUCUCCUGGCCGGAGGACUACAAAUCUCAGAAAAAAUCAGGAAAGAAGAAGGGGCUAUACCUGGGUCGCCGCAGCUCCAAGGAGAACAUGAACAGAAGAUUCCUUGAUGUCAUGCUGAAUGAUGAAGAGCUGAAUGCAGCAGACGCUCAAAAGCAGAAACAAAACAAAUUCAAGACUCCGGUGCCUUUGCGCAGACAAAAGCCGAUCCACAGUUCAUCUGAACUGGGGGAGCCAUUCGCACACAGCCAUGCUGAUGCUGCACAGGCAUAUAAUUCGGACCACUGGCUGGACGAGGAUGAUGUCAUCCCAAACAGAAAAUCCCGCCAGAAGCCCAAAGUAGACUACGACUGUGAAGUGGAUGACCUGGAAAUCUGCAAACCGCAGAAAAAGUUAAAGCGCAAACCUUUUCGAAAGCCCAAAUUCAAGAACAAAGUGUGGGAUGGCGGCAACGAGGACUCCGCAGGCAACCAUUUGUCAGAGGCGGCUCAGGCUGAAUGGAUGGCUGCUGAGAAGGAUGGGUAUGUUGCAAAGGAUCUGGAGGACAGCGACGCCGACGGAGACACAGACAGCUUGAUGGAAUGGUGGCACACAGUUGAACAAUGGGAUGAGUUGCCACCAGAUGAAGAUGACAAAAGCAAUGAUUCCAAGUCCUUCACUGUCUUGGCUGAAAAGGUUCAGCGAGGCCUCCGCGUCUUCAACAAAGUCUUCACAGAGCGUGCCGAGGUCUUCUGGCAGUACAUCAUCAUGCUGCACGCCCUCGCUGAUGAUAUCAGAGUCUUCCACCAGAAAGCCAAGGCGGCGGGCAUCACCGGUGGAACCACGGCGGCCGUUGGUGGCGUGACGGCCAUCGCCGGCCUUGCCUUAGCCCCAUUCACACUCGGUGCCUCCCUCAUUGUCACGGCUGUCGGUGUGGGUGUGGCCACCGCUGGAGGGAUCACCACAGCCUCAGCGACCAUCUCGGAUAACGUCAACAACAUGCAGGAGCGCAAGAAGGUGGAGGGGCUACUGCAGGAAUACGAGCUCCACUUUCAGGACGUAGCCAAGAUCCUUCACUUUGUCAAUCACGGCAUCUAUAAACUGCGCGGGCAUCCUUUCCUUCGCUCGGGCACACAGCACUACUCCGAGGACUGGGAGGUGCGCAAAGCAGUGCAGAUGAUCAGCCUGGUGGACUCGCCCAUUAUGCAAGCUACGCAGGUCACCGACAGGAACUUGGCCUUACUCCACAAAUUUCAAAGUGGCAUUGACAAGUACUUCCUCAAGGAAUCCCGGGAGCUCAAGAGAGCCUGCAAGAAGGAGUUUGUGGCUCAGAUAAAGGAGGUUGCAAAUAUUCUCAAUGAUGGAGUGGUGGAGCUCAACGCCAUCAGGGAAGAACUACAGAGCGCGGUUGGGAACUUUUAAACGUUGGGGAACAGCGGCACCUGGUGGAGGAAAUAUGGAAGUGCUCCACGAUACUGCAUGAUGGUUGGAAGAAAUACACUUUGGAGAGCAUGGUGGCCUUGUGGUUACAACGUCUGCCUCACAGAGAGGAGAUAGGGUUUCACAUGUCAUUGUGGAGUUUGCAUGUUUGGGUUUUUCCACAUACUUUCAGCCCCCACACCCCCCCCACACACACACCUCCCCAAUACACAAUACAAUGGGAGACUCCACAGGUGUGUCUGCAUCUCUUAUGAUUGACUGGUGAACAGUCAUGUGUGUACCCCCAACUCAUGUCUGAAGUUACCUGGGAUAGACUCCAGCUUACCCGUAACCAUAAUGAGAACAAGUGGAUGGAUGGAGGGAAAUCCACCUUUUUUAAAGAUGACAAAUCAUUGUUUUUCUAGUUGUAUUUUGUGAGGGCAUUUGAUUUACAUAUUUUAACAAACACUAUUGCUUUGUGGGUGAAAUGGUGGAGCUCCCACCACACGGUGGCUUUGGAUUCUUCACUCUUUUUCACUGCACCAUCAACAAUAACAGUGCCCUGCAUUCUAAACAACUUCUUGAUUGAACUGAGGAACAGCAAAACAAUAAAAAAAAAUCAUCUUGGAACAUUAUAGUAUUUUGUCAGUAAUACAUAAGGUGGUGUUGCAAAUUAUAACUUGUACAUUGUUUUAUGUAGUUGCAUAUCCAUCCGUUGUUACAUUGCAUACACAUGUACUGUAUAUACAUUAUGUCAUAGUUUUCGAUAUGUGAAUGUUUUUAAAGUAUCUUUUUGAUUUUGGAAGUAUUUUAUUGUAAAAGUGAAUGAUGGAAUAAAGAAUUUAUAACGAUGACUUCACAAUGUGAAACUCGCUCAAUUAUGACGUUUGUUUUGGUAUGUAUUUACUAGUUGAGACUCAUUCCGGUUAGUUCUGGUUUAAAAUGAGAUGUAAAUAACUUGUUUAUUGGAGCCAAUACCUACUAUCUUGCUUAAAGAUGUUCUACUGCUGUGUUUUCGUGACAGGCUAUGUAUCACAAUCAUUUGAAGUGGCUGUAAUUAAACCUCUUUAAAAAGCCA